CAACAUUUGUUUUUGUUAAUCCAAUUUUCUCCCAUAAAGUUAUGCCUGGAGAAUCUCUCGCAAAUCUUUCACAGUAGACACAGAAAAAGAUACACCCACCCCCAUCUACGUAUUCAUAUAUAUAUAUAUAUAUAUAUAGUACUCUACUCUCCUACCAAGUGCAACAACCACCUCAUAUCCAUAUGCAUGUAUCAUCAUUCAUAAUAUAUAACCCACCAAAAACUUGCAACUCUCAAUCAUCAUCUUCAUCUUCAUAUAAAUCAUCAACCAUAAACCCAAAACUAAGAUUCAAAUUCACAGCAGAACAAAGUGAAAGUGAAACAACAACAAACAUGGGAAGCUUUGUAAGAGUGAAACAGCCUCUUCUCAUCACUCCUUCCGAGCCCACCCCAUCUUGUCUCCUCUCCCUCUCCGCCCUCGACUCCCAACUCUUCCUCCGCUUCACCAUCGAGUACUUACUCAUCUACCGCCCUCGCGCCCCCGUUCUCGACAAACCCACCAUCGUAGCCCGAGUCAUGUCCGCCUUAGCUCGAGCCCUGAUUCCUUACUACCCUUUGGCAGGUAGGGUCAGGGCUCGAUCCAACGGCUCUGGGCUCGAGGUAGUUUGUCGAGCCCAGGGCGCUGGGUUCAUCGAAGCGGUCUCCGAUUACACUGCGUCAGAGUUCGAGAGGGCCCCGCGGUUCGUUACCCAAUGGCGCAAGCUGCUGUCGUCGGCCGAGGGCUUUAAAGCGGUCCCACCUCUCGUCGUCCAGCUGACGUGGCUGGCCGACGAUUGUGCAGCGUUGGGUGUUGGGUUUAGUCAUUGUCUUUGCGAUGGGAUUGGAAGCUCUGAGUUUCUCAACUUGUUUGCUGACUUAGCCACUGGCCGAGUCAAACUCGGUGAUUUCAAAACCAAACCCGUUUGGGAGCGCCACCUUCUCGACCCGAUAACAUUAGCACCAUCGGGUCGAGUCAGUCUUGUCGGGACUCAUCCCGAGUUCGUCCGAGUCCCAGACCUUUGCAGGUUCGACACUCGCUUCUCUCAAAUCACUCCUACCUCAACCACAUUCAACAAAACAUGGCUAAACGAGUUGAAAAGACUCGCUAUGUCCACGGGUCAACCCAGCGAGUUCCCAUACUCGUCCUUCGAAGUCCUCUCCGCUCACGUAUGGAGAAGCUGGGCCAGAGCUCUAAACUUACCAUCCAACCAAGUCCUAAAACUCCUCUUCAGCAUCAACAUUCGGAACCGAGUGAAGCCGAGUCUACCCACCGGGUUCUACGGCAACGCGUUCGUACUCGGUUGUGCCCAAACAAACGCAAAGGACUUGACAGAGAAAGGGUUGGGUUACGCUUCUGGGUUGGUGAGAAAAGCUAAGGAGAGAGUAGGGAAGGAGUACGUGAGAGAUGUGGUGGAAUCGGUGAGUGAGUCGAGGAUGGCGAGUCCUGACACAGUGGGGGUUCUGAUUAUUUCACAGUGGUCAAGGCUGGGACUGGACCGGGUUGACUUUGGGUUGGGGAGGCCGGUUCACGUGGGACCCGUGUGCUGCGAUAGGUUCUGUUUGCUGCUGCCUGUUCAAGAUCAGACGGACGCUGUCAAAGUCAUGGUGGCGGUCCCCACAUACGGCGUUGACCAAUAUCAGUCCCUGCUUAGGAGGCCCUACUCCUGAGAACGAUGUGAUCAUCUCUCGUUGACUUUGUUUUUACUUAGUUUUGACUUUGUCUUUGUUUUCUUUGUUUAAAAGUCCCAAACUGAUUCUGAUUCUGAUCCGCAAACAAUUUUUUCAAGAAUGCAAUCCUCACCCCCAAGUUUGCUCGCCAUUUGUCGACACGUGGCA